UGUAGGUGCGUGUGAGGGGGGAGGACCGUGAGGACAGCGGCCUGAGUCCCUCGGGCCCCAGUCCAGGUGGCUGGGCUGUCAGUCUGAAGUCUCUCCCUUCUCUUCCUCAGGUCUGGCCCAGAAAAAGACAGGCCCCACCGAGGCCCCGUUGAUGACUGGACAGCCAGGCCCCGGCCACGGGAGGAAGCUGGGCCAUCGGGGCGUGGACGCAUCUGGCGAAACCACUUACAAGAAGACCACGUCCUCCACCCUGAAGGGCGCGAUCCAGCUGGGCAUCGGCUACACCGUGGGCAACCUGAGCUCCAAGCCGGAACGCGACGUGCUCAUGCAGGACUUCUAUGUCGUCGAGAGCAUCUUCUUCCCCAGUGAAGGCAGCAACCUCACCCCUGCCCACCACUUCCAGGACUUCAGGUUUAAGACUUAUGCGCCCGUCGCCUUUCGCUACUUCCGGGAGCUCUUUGGGAUCCGGCCGGACGAUUACUUGUACUCGCUGUGCAACGAGCCGCUGAUCGAGCUGUCCAACCCCGGCGCCAGCGGCUCCCUCUUCUACGUCACCAGCGACGACGAGUUUAUCAUCAAGACGGUGAUGCACAAAGAGGCCGAGUUCCUGCAGAAGCUGCUGCCCGGCUACUACAUGAACCUGAACCAGAACCCUCGGACGCUGCUGCCCAAGUUCUACGGGCUGUACUGCGUGCAGUCGGGCGGCAAGAACAUCCGCGUGGCCGUCAUGAACAACGUGCUGCCGCGCGCGGUGCACAUGCACCUCAAGUUCGACCUCAAGGGCUCCACGUACAAGCGGCGGGCCAGCAAGAAGGAGCGCGAGAAGAGCGCGCCCACCUACAAGGACCUGGACUUCAUCCAGGACAUGCCCGAGGGGCUCCUGCUGGACGCGGACACCUUCUCCGCGCUCGUCAAGACGCUCCAGCGCGACUGCCUGGUGCUGGAGAGCUUCAAGAUCAUGGACUACAGCCUGCUCCUGGGCGUGCACAACAUCGACCAGCAGGAGCGGCAGCGGCAGGCCGAGGGCGCCCAGAGCACGGCGGACGAGAAGCGGCCACUGGGCCAGAAGGCGCUGUACUCCACAGCCAUGGAGUCCAUCCAGGGCGGGGCUGCACGCGGGGAGGCCAUCGAGACAGACGACACGAUGGGCGGAAUCCCCGCCGUGAACGGCCGAGGGGAGCGUCUGCUGCUGCACAUCGGCAUCAUCGACAUUCUGCAGUCCUACAGGUUCAUCAAGAAGCUGGAGCACACCUGGAAGGCUCUUGUCCACGACGGGGACACGGUCUCCGUCCACCGGCCCAGCUUCUAUGCCGAGCGCUUCUUCAAGUUCAUGAGCAACACGGUCUUUCGGAAGAACUCCUCCUUGAAGUCGUCACCGUCCAAGAAGGGCCGCGGUGCCUUGCUGGCCGUCAAGCCCCUGGGGCCCACGGCCGCCUUCUCGGCCAGCCAGAUCCCCAGCGAGCGGGAGGACACGCAGUACGACCUGCGGGGGGCGCGCAGCUACCCGACGCUGGAGGACGAAGGCCGGCCUGACCUCCUGCCCUGCACACCGCCUUCCUUUGAGGAGGCCACCACCGCCUCCAUCGCCACAACCCUGUCCUCCACGUCCCUUUCCAUCCCAGAGCGGUCCCCCUCUGAGACCUCGGAGCAGCCACGGUACAGGCGGCGCACACAGUCCUCUGGACCGGAAAGCAGGCCCCAGGAGGAAACGCACGCAGAAGAGGACCUGCAGCAGAUCACGGUGCAGGUGGAGCCGGCGUGUAGCGUGGAGAUAGUGGUCCCCAAGGAGGAGGGCGAGGGGGCGGAGGCUUCCCCGGCCUGUGCUUCGGCUGCCGUUGGAGAAGUGGAAACCACCAGCCAGGCCUCGGAGCCCGCCAGCCAGGCCUCGGACGAGGAGGACGCGCCUGCUGCUGACCUCUACUUUUUCACAGAUGGGAGGUACUGGAUUUACUCUCCCCGGCAUCGCCGACUGCGGGCCGUGACGCUGAGCUCCUCGGGGACUCCCGCCGACGAGAGGAGCUGGGUGUACUCCCCGCUCCACUAUAGCACGCAGGCCCACCCAGCCUCCGACGGCGAGAGCGACACAUAAUCGCCACGCAGUCACCCACCCUGAGCGCAGCGCCCGCUGCCACCCUGGCCACUUCCUGGAGGCGCUGCCCGCCCAGCUCGGCCCGGGACACGGGAGACGCCGCCCGGCCGCGCUGGACCUCGCAUGCCCACGCCCUCCCCUCUGACGGUCGCUGGUGCUCCGGUGGGCGGCAGAGUGUGACGGCCCCAGCGCCGUCAACGACCUGCGCCUUCGAUACUGUGAACCUUCCUGAGUGUCCAAUCAUGUCUUUAUUUUGGGUCCUUCCUCUUUGCACAGACAGCAGCUCACGUGUGAUUUUUUAGAAAAAGAAAACGGGAAAAAAAAAAAAACCGACAAUGGAGAAAGAAGCGGCUCCAUCCCGUGCACUUUUCGGUUCUUUGCUGUGCUCGCAUGUGUCUUGCUGAGGGAACAAGCUCUGGGACCUGCGCCUCAGCCACUCCGCCCCGCCUCCCUCCAUCGUGGACGGAGCGGCUCAGAGGGAAGGGCCACCGGCUCCCCACGCCUGCAGCCGCUCUGGGCUCAGGCUUUCGGGCCAUGCGCCAGACACCUGUCCUUGUGGGAGGCUGACCAGUGGCCUGGGGGUGGCUCUCCACCUUGCUGACCCCUCAUCUCUCACUGUCUGUUUCUCAGCCACCGCCGCACUGCCCCCGCCUCCCAGGUGACCUGGGAGCAGGAGCGGCCAGGUAAUGACCCAAAUGUGGACACCCCUCUCAGCGGAGCUCAGGGCCGUGGCCAUCUCUCUCCUCCACAAGGACCCCUCACUGUUGAGAAGACAGGGCCCGAAUAAUGGGGGACCUCCCCUUCAAAGCAGGCUUUCCCCAAAACGUCUGACUCUGACAGCAGGUGUCCGGUCCUUCAGCCACGGGACUCCCAGCCCGCCAUGGGCAGGCCACACAGCCUGGAGGGACAGGACAUGUCAAGCAAACGCUCCCCCGGCUGGGGCAGGCAGCCUCUUCGUUAAGUGAUGGCGAUGCCUAUGCCGAUUAAAGAACGGAGAAGAAGAUCAUGACAGACUUUUUUGAUUUGUCACCUUCAGCAGGGCAGCCACUCCUGGUCCCAGAGCCCCACAGAGCAGCUGCCAGGUGCCCUGCUGUGUCCAGAGGGGACUGCUGGAGCCGACAGCUUUGCAGGGUCUGUCCUGCCCUCACAGACUCACUCCCACCUCCCGAGAGCUGGAAUGUCGGUGAUGGCCACCUGCCUGCUCUGCAGAUCCCAGCAGUUCAGCCCCUCGAGGGGGGAACUGGGAGCCAGCUCAGAGUGGAUGCUGUACCUUCUGGAGGAGUUUUCCCCCAGCCCUUGCCCCCCUGGUGAAGCCCAAGACAGCCGGAGAGCCACCCGUCCAGGGAUCUCACUUUUUGAGUCCGUCGCAAGCUGCACACGCUAUUGUUCCUUCCUGGGACGCGGUUGGAUCCCUCCUCGUCCCUGCUCACAUGGCCUGCUGGAAGGAAUCUGUGGGCCUGGCUGUUAUCAGCUCCUCUUUGGAGAGCCAGGCUGUGCCCUAGGGUCCCUCCCCUCAGGAUGGCAGCCCCCCGGUUCUGAGCAGGGUCGCUGGGGACAUUCCACGCGGCCUAGGGAAGGGGACCCUCAGAGGAGCCAUCAGAACAAGCCUGCGGGUGUCCCCAACGAGAGGCAAGACAGCGUCCUCUUCCUUCUGCCCGGGGAGUAAACACACCUGGAGUUCAGACAACUGCAGGCACCCUGGCCAAGUGCCACAAGUCACCUGUCAGCCCCUGACCUGUCCCACCAGGGGGGCAGGCAGGUUGAGAAGACGGAGCUCUGAAGGUAUGUUUCAGACCUCAAGGACUAAAUGGGGACAGCUGUGUCACUCAAAUGCCAGUGUAAGGGUUUCUACCCAGGCCCCCAGAGGCCAGGUGCCAGAGACAUCGUGAGCCCCAGUGGGGAUGAGCAGAGCAGCAGGCAGCCUUGGAGAAGUGGGCACUGCGUCCACGGCACCCUUGGACACCUGGAGCUAUAGCAGCGAGGAGGGGGGCCACCUGCAUGGCCCCGGCAGGUCCUCAGGCCCUGCUGGGCCCCUCAGGCUCUCCAGAAUGAAUCACGGAACAAGUGCACCAGUUGGAUGCUGUAGGAGAAAUUCGCAAACCUCCUGGAUGUGACAUUUCUGUUUUCAUGUUAAGUCAUGAAGACGCCUUUGGAGACCCAAUUCGUGUUGCAGUCGUCGUCCUUUUCAGAGAAUGGUCACCUCAAUGCUGAAGUGGCCCCAGGACCGUGCCAGUGUGAGGCACUUGUUUAUUUUUUUCCAGGGGGGCGGGGGCGGGGGCGGGAGGCAAGACCUUAUUUAUAAUGUGUAGUGGACUCAUGGCCUUCCCCAAACCCCCGGCCAAGAAGGCCCUGGACCCACCCAGCUGUCAUCCUGUCCCCCCAGGAUGGAAAUCUGUAAAUUGCCCCAUUUCCCUCCUGGCUCAUCUCUGAUGGCCGCCAUCGCUGAGAACGUGGGUCACGUCUGACUUGCUGUACUGUAAAAACAAAAGGCAUUUCCUGAGACUGACAAGGUAGAAUCUUCCAUGAGUCCCCCUGCCAGCCUCCUCUCACCCACCCCCCUCCACCACCUGGCUCAGUGCAAUACUCCCGUCCCCGGUGGGGUCUCUUGCCAUGGUACUAUUGCCGCAGCCCCUCGGUCCCCACCCCAGCCUCGUUUUUACGGCCGAACUGAUUUCGAAACAAUGAAAACUGCAAACCUUGUGUGUCUUAAUUCUCACCGGGGGGGUCCCACGUGCUCAGCCCCCGAGGUCUGGUGUGUGACAAUCUGGAGCGCAGCCUCUUGUGGGCGCCUCUGUAACCGUGCAGCCACUGCUGGCCCCAUAACACUUGUAUGCAGACCUAGACCCCAUCCCCACCCCUCCCUUUUUACGUUGGAGAGAUCUCUAAUAAAUCGGGUAAUAAACUCA